GGUUGGACAGAACUUAACAGCCCAACCGCUUGAGUUGGGAGAAUUUUGGCUUUGAGCUUGACACCAUGCCUUCUUCCCUCGACCCAGCGCCUUCUCUCCGCUGCCCGCCUUGCAGAGAGAACCACUCGCGCUGCAAGCUUUCCUCUGUUCGCUCCGACCCCUCAACGCGCCGAUUAAACUGCCUACACCUUCACCUUAUUGCCAACAAGAUUGUGGGCUGGAGAAUGGAGAUAGAGUGCCGGGAGUGUUCUUCCCUUCACUAGCUGGUUGUCUACUUGUCUUAGGCAUCUGUGGUAUAUCACGGAUUUAAGCUGCUUAUCCAGAAUCAAACGGGCAGGUUGUCACAUGACGAAUUAAGGUGGAUAAGACAUGAGAGUGACAAGCUAAGACAGUUGCUCUGACGAAGAGUGAUCGGUGAUACAUCUCGAGGGAAGGACUAGGAAGCACACAGGAACAAAUGGCCGAAAUGGAGGACGCCUUGAGAUCGUGCAUGGAGCAGCUGCUGAUCGCGAGAGAAGAGCGGGAGCAAAUCAUCGUGGAAGCAGCCAGCGAGAUAUCCGCCCAGCAAAAGAAAGCACGCGACCUGCAGCACAGCCUCGACUCCGCGAACAGGAAGGCCGCGAAGCUCGCCGCCGAGAACAGCGGCCUCUGCAAGGCCAUGGACGCCAAGGACAAGCUGGCCAGGGAGCUCAGGGAAUCCAAGGCAGCCUCGGACGAGAAGGCCGCGAAGCUCGACGCGACGCAGAAGCAGGUCGCGUCGCUGCAGUACGAGGCCCGGAUGCUCCAGAAGGCGCUGGAGGUGCGGAGCCAGGAGCGGGAGUACGACCUCAAGUCCGUGGACGCCGCCCGCGCGCAGCAGGCGGAGAGCGCGAAGAAGAUCGCGCUGCUGGAAGCCGAGUGCCAGCGGCUGCGGGCCAUGGUCCGGAAAAGGCUUCCCGGGCCGGCGGCCUUGGCCCAGAUGAGAGACGAGGUCGAGCCGCAGCAGCAGACCGGGCCCGGGCCCAGGGCCAGCCCAAGAAGACAACGGUCCGCCAUGCCGAUGACGCCGCGGCGUGCUCCGGAGCCUGAUUUUCAGAGUUACGCAGUCAGGUUACGCGCCGUGGAGGACGAGAACAAGGCCCUGAAGCGGGUGCUGGCCACGAGGGACGCCGAGCUGGAGAUCGUGCAGAUGAAGUACGCCGACGAGGCUCGCGAGCUCUCGGCGGUGAAGGGGCAGCUCCUGGAGUUGACGGAGGAGAGUGAACGGCUGAUGAGCGAUGCUCAAGCGAAUGCGAAGUCACAGUCGUGGGCCUCUGCUUUAGUCUCUGAACUGGACCAUUUCAGGGCCGGGAAGCAGGGACAGGGAGCAGCGUCAUCCGUUUUGGUGUCUGAGUCUGACAUGAGCUUGUUCGACGAUUUUGCUGAGGUUGAGAGGUUGGAGAUGGCAUCAGGCGAUCAUCAAACAUUGUCGGGACCUUCCGGUGUGCCGCGGCAAGAUGCGCAGAACAAGGCAGAUUCAAGAUCGGUUGUUCCAGAGAAAAAUGGCAAGGAGCUCGUCCUAGAUGGCCCUGUGUCCAAUGGCCAUCCUGAAUGGGUGCAGGAUGUUUGGAAACUCGUCACGCGUAAGCAUGAAGCAAGCGGAGAAAGCAUCGACGCCAUUCUUGAGGAAAUAGCUCGUGCAUUGGAGCAGAGCCAUGUUCAUGCGAAAGGAGAUGAUUCUGAUGUGCUGUAUGACAGGACCAAAGUGGAAAAAAUGAUGAGCAAUCUGGUUGAAAAAAUGACUGUCGUUAUUCGCGUUCCCGAGGAAGACAAUGCUGCAAGAUUUGGAUCAUCGCUGCACGAAAAGUCUGAAUUUCGUGCACGCCUCGAGUACCUGAUUCAUGUCUGUCAUGAUGUGCUACAGAGGAAAGCCAAGCUUGAAGAUUUCAUUGACGAGGUUUGCCUGGUACUGGAGCAUAUAGUGAGUCAGUACUUCUCAAGCCAAGUUCGACUGGGUGCGGUGGAAAAUAAUGCAAAGAGUUUUGAUGGAGCGGAGUCGCUAAGUACAGUCAAUACACAUGGUGAACAUGACACGCAGAGUGUAAUAUCAGCAGCAGCUCCAGAUGUCCAAACAGAAGCACAUACAGAACCAAUUCAGUCAUCAGAAGGUCAGCUUCCUGAUAAAAUUCAAGAGAGACGUCCUAAUGAAGAACUUGCAAUAGUUGUAGUUGAUCAGGAUGAUGAUAUUCAGCCAGGGAGGAUGUCAUCAUACUAUGAGAUAGAAAGAUCCAGUCAUGAUGGAAGAGGAGAAGGCUUGGCACAACAAGAGGGAAAACAACUAGCAACAAACUCAGAAAUAUCAGCAGCAGCUGACAAGCUUGCAGAGUGGCAGGAGACCAUCACAAGCCUAAGCAAACAGUUGCAGGCUCUUCAGAGCAUGCCGAAUUCAGGACAUCUAGAUCACCCGGUGUACAGCCCCAGACCAAGCUCGGUCGACUACAAGCCCAAGACACUCGGCAGCAUCCUCGCUGACGAGGGCACCAGCACAACCCAGGGUUCCAAUUCUCCUACGCCCGAACAAGCGCACUCCAUGGAAGAACAUGGCGAGCCUGACGCUGCAGCACGAAAGAGUGUGGCAGGAGAGCAGAAUCCUGAUGCCGCCAGUAACGGCGACGGCGAUGAGCCUACGCAGAUUGUUGUCUAUCAUCCAGUGUUGCCGGAGCUGCGGCAUGAUGGGGUUCCUGCUGAUCCUAAGAAGAAGAAGCGGGGUCCGAGCUUGCUGGGCAGGAUGAUAUUCAGGAAGAAAGUGGAAGGCAGCUCGUAGAUUGUGUUGUGUUGGCGGAUAUAUACUGUGGUGGUAUGAGCGUGAGAUCUGACUAGUGCUAGUGUCAUGCGACCAGCAAUUUGGAGCUCUGCAUUCCUGCUCCUGGUCUGCGUCCUUUUCGGCCAUAUAUUCUGUUGCAGAACCUGAAGACUGAGAAACUCUAGCACUUGCCCUGCCCCUGUAUCGUUUUUUGUUGACAUGAACAUGUUUUUCGUUGUGUAUUUAUGGAUUGCGUGGUUAUGUAAGUUAUUGUUGAAUAAAGUAAAUCAAUAAAAAACAGUAAAAACAGUAUGCAGUUGUUUGCUACA